GUUAGUCACAGGAGUAGUGGCAGCGUUUWAGUGCGUGAACAGAUUUCCUCCUGUAUUUCUUAGGAAUACCAUUCUGGGACUCGACAAACCUGAUCCGGCGCUUCCUCUGCUGGAAGAUGUUUCUGUCUGGAUGGGUGUGUGUGGUUACAGGUGCCUCCAGAGGCAUUGGKAGAGGAAUAGCUCUGCAGUUGUCUGAGGCAGGAGCUACUGUCUACAUCACAGGACGCCAGGAGGAGACCCUCAAGCAAACUGCUGCACAGGUGAAUGAAAGAGGUGGAAAGUGUGUGCCAGUCGUCUGCGAUUCCACCAAAGAUCAUGAUAUCGAAGCAUUGUUUGAAAGGAUCAAGCGGGAACAGGAUGGCAGACUGGAUAUAUUGGUGAACAAUGCCUAUGCUGGAGUACAGGAUAUCUUUGAUAACUUGGGGAAGAAGUUCUGGGAAACCGAUCCUUCUGUUUGGGAUUCCAUCAACAACACAGGACUUCGGGGUCACUACUUUUUCUCAGUUUAUGGCUCUCGGCUGAUGGUGGCUCAAGGUCGUGGUUUAAUAGUGACCAUUUCAUCUAUAGGUGGGCUGCGAUACGUCUUCAAUGUAGCUUAUGGGGUUGGGAAAGCUGCAUGUGACAGGCUGGCAGCCGACAUGGCCGUUGAGCUAAAAAAUAGGGGAGUUGCUUCAGUCAGCUUGUGGCCAGGAGCCGUUCAAACUGAGUUAAUAUCUCAGUUCGUCUUGGAGAAAGGGGAUGUGGAUCCCAAGAUGAAAGAAUUAUUUUCCAGUGGAGAAACCACAGAACUCAGUGGGAAGUGCAUUGUCAACUUGGCAAAAGAUAAGAAUCUAAUGGCACUGACUGGGAAGGUGCUCCUGACGUGUGACCUGGCAAGGCGCUAUGGAUUUAAUGACCUUGAUGGGCGAAGUGUCAUUGAUUACACUUCCAUAAAGUUCCUCCUGUCCCAGGUCCCAUACCUCUCCUGGCUGUCAGCUGUCGUCCCAUCAUUCCUACGCCUCCCUCGCUUCGUGCUCACUCUGGCAAACGGACGCUUCUGAACAUUUCCCACAUCGCUCCUCAACGCUCACGUUUUGUCAUUUCUGUGUUUUAUGGAAACAGUCAUUACCAAGCUCCGAAGAGCGACAGGAGUCCACACUUAAAACUCUGUUUUUGUGAAGCAGUGUUUAUCCAAAUGUGAGCAUUAACCCAAAUUAUUCUAUAAUUCUUGAAUUUUUUCAUGUAAAAACAUCUGGUUUAUGUCAAAAAGGUGAACAUGAAGACAAAACACAUAAGCACUACGAUCAGCCGAAGUAUCCUGAGAAUGUGAUUGUAACAACUUUUAAAAGUUUUUCAACAACUAAACAUUUUUUUAGAAACUAACAUAAGCUUUUGUUUGAUUUUUGUACUGACUCUUGAAUUUAUUACGUUUGUCUCAAAGCUGGAGUACACGGAUACAGUAUUUGGAGGGGCAAAAUAACACACACGCAUAAACACAGCUUCCAAAACCACCUUCUUUCAGUCGAGUCACUCCCAAUAAAAGAAUACUGAACAAAUGCAGCUUAGCAGUAAAAAAACACUACAUUUAUUUAGCUCUAGUGAUAGACUUUGUGAUUUGAAUUGGGUUCAACAAUGCAACAUAUUUUUGUUUUUAUGGUGAGCAUAUUUCUAAAAUCCUAUCAGUCACACCAGCAACAAAUAGUUUGACUAUAAACUGAGUUUUAAGAGGUCAAAAAAUCCACACGAACUCAAUUAAACUGUCACUGUAAGGCCUUUAUUAACUGUUUUGUUUUGCUAGCAGUUGCAGAAAAUGCUGGAGUUGCAUUAUUUGUUUGCAACACCAUCCUCCAUGUACUCAUCAUAUUACUCUUCAGUGAUAAAGCAAAUUGUGUAACACC